AUGUAGUUUUUGGAUUAACUCAAAAUCAAAAUUCAGCUGGUCUAGGUAAUGUGCAAAAAUCUUUUCUUUUCGGAAAUUGCUGGUUUUUGCACAACAAAUUGGAAACAAGAAUUCAAAAUACGAAUUGUGGAAUGGUCGAAUAGUAUUGGAAAUAAGAAACAAAUAGAAGCUGCCACCAAAGGAAAAGGCUCUAAUAACAAGCAAUCAUCUCUUCCCGUUUCCGGGUUAUAGAAAAGCAGGUGGAACAUCAAAUUGAUAGCGCUGAGAUUGCAAAUUAACAAACGCUGGCAAAAAUUUGCGAAAUGGCAACGUUUACGUCAGAGAAUUUCAAUGACAACAGUACGCUUCCUUUGCAGAAAUAUAUGUCUGUGAUCACUUUUCAACGGGAAUUUAAUUUUCAAGAGACGCGGACUAAAAUAUUUAAUUUAUUAGAAGGCAACGCGGAUAAAUCGAAAGCUAAAGGAGAUAUAGUGCAAAAAAUGGUUGAAAACUUUGAAAACAAAAUCAGGACUGGUGUAGAAAAACAGUUACACGUAAAAGAAGAAAAUGGGUAUGAAAAGCCGCCAAUCAACCACGAAAAUGACACCAUGUCUAUUGUUGGACAUCGCUCAAUAAGCAAAGAAACAAUCACGGGGCCAGACGCCGACAAUGUUAUAAACGCAAGCCAUAGUGGGGAUCAAGUUUCGCAUGUAACUGUACAAUCAUAUCCAGUAUCAAAACUGUAGGUCACCAAAACUAAGGAAACUAA